GGUGACAAGAAGCUGGCAGCAGCCCCCGAGAGGCCCCUGGCACCAUGGACAAUGAUGAACCUCUUGAGCCUGAGACAACAGGUGAAAAGGCAUCCCAUCUCUCACCACUCCAGCCCUUCCAGGCCUCCUCAGUGUAAUACCCAGUGAUCACAUGGACCCAGAAACCUAGUGCCCUUCUUACCUGGGACCCUCUAGAUUUGGGAUGAUGUAUUACAUUGACUUGGCUUUGGGACUUGCCAAACAGGGAGUGUGAGCGUUGAAUGCAUGUUGUGCUAGAAUUGGUUCCUACCAGUUCUAGCCGACUUUGAAUUUCAUUUUUUGAGCUGCUCUACAUCAUGUUGGCAGUUUGAAAUCACGCAUGUCGGGAACAUUUACACCACUGGAAUUGGACAUUACUACACAUCAGAAUUUUUCUUCUGGAGAGCCAGUUAGACAUUUACCAGCAUUCCACAGAUUGGAUGGAAUUCUAAAAUUGUUUGACUACUGAGGAAAUGAAGGCUCAGAAAGUCGCCACUUCUGGAUAGCUAAAUUUUCUGGCUAAUCUGCUGUAUGUCUUCUAACUACCAGGCCACUAGUACUCCCACCCCUUCUUACACAGACCUUACCUUACAGGCUGGGAAAUAAAUGUUGGGGCUUGGGUCUAUAGACAAGGACUAUGAAAGACACAGACCUGUGUGGACUCAUUAGGAACUCCCGUCUGAGAACAAGGGUGGUCAAAACUUAGGACCCCUGCCACCAAUGCUCAGUCCACCCGAAGGAUAGGCUGGCUUCGUUCUGACAGGCCACCUGGCAGUGCGGCCUGGCUUCCCCAAACCACUGCUUCCCGCUGAUGUAGGACGAGCUCUGGACACCUGUGUGUAGCUGUCAGGAACCCUCAGCUGGUCCCCGAUCACUGGCCCAGGGGCAGAAAAUCCAUGUCUAGCAAGCAAGGGAAGCUCAGGACACGUGUAUUUAAUUAUAGCAAUGAAUUUAACCCCAGGGGGAUUUUGCAAGCCCUGCCUUCUUUGUGGUCAUAAAAUAGAUGUAGGGUUGGAAGGAAGAGAAGCUAGGUCAAAUUCUUAGGAAUCCAGUUAUCCCUCUCGAUUCCUGAGACGCUCCUGUUCCGGUUUAUUUUAUCUUUGACCGAGUCGCCUGCCCUGCCCGUGGACUUCACCAUCAUUCAGAGCAAAGCAACUCUGAACCCCACCCAAACCAGUAAGAAAGAGAAGAGGGAGCAAGAAGCCAAUGUCCAAGUCAGGCCCAAAGCGGGGAAUAGAUCAGCAAGUCUCCAGAGAAUACGAGGAGGGGUAGCAUGCGACCCCACGGAUGCUGGGGGCGGGAGGCAGCAGUGUUGGGGAGGAAGGGCUUGCAGAAUGGAGUCCCUGGUGUCUGGAGCCACAUGCAGCUGGGGGACAAAGGCUGCAGCCCAGACCUGGGAGACAGAGGAGGAAACCGAGGUGGAGGGAAGUGGAAGUGGCUCCACCUGAAAGGCUGGCGGGUUUCAUUUCCAACAUCACGGAGAUGUGUUUUUCUUCUAGAGGAGACUGGAACCCAGGCAACACCACAUAGCAGUGAUGAAACGCUCUACUGUGAGGCUGAAACCGCCCCGGCCUCGGAUAAAGGGAAACCCACCCGGGAGAGUUCAGAAACAGACCUCGAGAUCGAAGAUACUGAGAAAUAUUUCACCACCGGGCAAAAGGAGCUGUACAUGGAGGCCUGCAAACUGGUGGGCGUAGUGCCUGUCUCCUACUUUAUCCGGAACAUGGAGGAGUCCUACAUGAACCUCAACCACCACGGGCUGGGCCCCCACGGUACUAAGGCCAUUGCGAUCGCCCUGGUGUCCAACACGACUCUGAUCACCCUGGAGCUGGCAGACAACAGUAUCAUGGAGGACGGCAUCCUGAGCCUGGUGGAGAUGCUACAAGAGAACUACUACCUCCAGGAGCUGAAUAUUUCUGACAAUGCUCUUGGUUUUGAGGGGGCCAAAGUCAUCGCAGAGUUUCUCCAGAAAAAUUCCUCUUCACUCUUGAGCCUUCAGCUAUCAGGAAAUAAGUUCAAGGACCAAUCUGCAGAGCUGCUCUGCCAGGCCCUGUCGGCCAAUUACAGAAUUAAGGAAAUGGAUCUCAGCCACAACGAAUUCUCUGACAAGGACGGGGAGUUCCUGGGAAGCAUGCUGGCCCUCAACGUAGGGCUCCAGACACUGGACCUGAGCUGGAAUCACUUAAGCUCACGGGCAGCUGUGUCCUUGAGCAACGGUCUCCGGUCCAACGUGACCCUGAAGACACUAGAUGUCUCCAUGAAUGGCUUUGGGAACGAGGGGGCUGCGGCCCUAGGGGAGGUCCUCAAAUCCAACAGCUCCCUGGCCUACCUAGAUGUCAGCAACAAUGACAUCAGCAACGAAGGGAUCAUCAAACUCAGCAAAGGACUGGAGUUCAACGAGUGCCUCCGAACUCUGAAGCUUUUCCUGAACCCUAUGAACAUGGAGGGAGCUGUGUCACUUAUCAUGUCCAUCAAGAAGAACCCCAGAUCCAAGAUGGAAAACCUUGACAUUUCUAAUGUGAUGGUGUCCGAGCAAUUUGUGAAAUUCUUAGAUGGGGUGUAUGCCAUCCACCCCCAGCUGGACGUGGUCUACAAGGCAAUCCAAGGCCUCUCUGCCAAGAAAUCCAUCAUCCAGUAUCCGAACGCCAUGAAACUGAUCCAGAGCUAUGCCGACCAGAACAAGAUCAAGGUCCUGGACUUCUUCAAGAGCUUGACCCCUACUGGGAUGAUGAAGAUGCCUGUGAGCGAGUUCUUGAAAGCCAUGAUUCAGCAAAACAAGAUCCCCCUAAACCGGUUCCAAAUCAGGGAGCUGAUCAAGCGGCUGGAUGACAAGAAUGGCAACGUGAACUUCAGUGUCUUGGAAGUGGUGAAGCCAUAGCAACAAGUCUGUCCUGGAAAGAAGUUUCUGUGACAGAGAAGUCCUGGCAAAUCGGCCAGCGGCGAGGAGGAGGAGGAGGAGAGCUGGCUGAGACUCCAGUGGACAAACACCGAGGCCAGGACUGGGAGAGAGCCAAUAAAGUCUGGCUUGAUCUCGGCUCUCUGGGCUGCUGCUGGUGCACCCUUCCCACGGGAGCGCCCUCUGGUUUUAGGGAGCAUGUCCUUGAGGGCCUCUUUAAGAACCAGGAAGACACACUGGG